CGGCCAGGGUAAAGCGUUGCCUCUUGGCACGGUCUCCGCACUUUUCAGUACACCGCCGGAACAGAUCGCACGCACCCAACUCACUGCAACUGUACGCAGUGAACAAGUGUAGUAACACCGCGGAAGUCUGGAAAAGGAGAGGGCGAAAAACUCCAAGAUGAAAGAACAGAGCCAGAAGAUCAUCACAGGUGUAAGACUACUGGGGAUUGAGAAGCGCUAUGUCCCCAACAAACAUUACUUAUACAUCCUGUCCGUGAAGUGGUCUGAGGGUAGUGAGUUCAUCAUCUACAGACGGUACAGCGCUUUCUUCCAGCUACACGAAAAACUGACUGAAGUGUUCCCAAUAGAGACGGGAGUGGUCGGCAAGAAAGACCAGAAAAUUCCUCUACUACCAAAACAAAAAUGGUUCGGAAACGAGAAGUUCAAGGUGGCAGAGGAAAGGCAGACGACGAUCGACGAAUACUGCCGAAAGGUUGCGAUGGCCGAGCCGAAGAUAUCCGAACACGAGGCGGUGCUGAACUUCUUCGAGGCGCUGCCAGAAGAUCUGACCCCUCCUCCUCCCGACCCUGAGAUGCCCAACAAGACGUACCUGACAUUUGAGUCGAAAAACAAGACGGGAAAAGGGAAGAAGGAAAAGUCGGCAGAAGACAUGGAGAUCUCUGCUCCCAUCCUGCUGGAGACUUACCGGGCGAUUGCCACCUUCACCCCGAGCGGGAAAACUGAGGUCCGCCUGGAGGAGGGAGCGCACGUGGACGUGGUGGAGAAGAACAUGAGCGGCUGGUGGUUGGUUCAGGCGGACGACAAACAAGGCUGGUGCCCCGCCUCCUACCUGGAACCUCUGGACCAACCAGAGGAAAGAGACGAGGAACGGCCAAACUGGGAAGGUGAAGACUUUCUGACCACAGAAAAGUAUGAGCCACAGAUAGAUGACGAGAUUGGGUUUGAUAAAGGCGUGAUUGUUCACGUCAUCCACAAGCUCCUGGACGGCUGGUGGAUUGUAAAGUACAACGACAAAGUGGGUUACGCCCCUUGCGCCUACCUACAGAAGUACACCAACCCCCACCUGCCCCUCCACAAGGCCCGUGACAGGGUAGACAGCGACACGUCAACCGGCUCCUUCAUCAAGAAGUUGCCUCCAAGAAGGUCUACUAUCCGCAAGAGGACCACUGUCCACAAGAAACAGCAGAAGCAGCGUGACCUGCUGAUGUACAGACGCAAGACUCUGGAGGCCUCCAGGCGAUCCAAGUUCGGGUCUUCCGAGGGAAGCUCCAAACUCGAGGCGGCCAGGGAGAAGUACAGGAUGAGCAUGCUUGUGGAGGGAGAUGAGCCUGAAAGUGCAGCUGACUCGUAUGUGGACAUGAGUGGUGGGAGCGCGGCAACCAGCACCGACGCGGAGGGAUAUCUCCUGCCUAACGACAGCAUGACGGCGGCGUCCCCCGGUCCUUCGUACGAGAACGACAGUGUGUUUGAGGAGAUGUCCGGCACAAGGUCCAAAACUUCAAGUUCAAGUACAAGCUCAGCGGAAGCCGCAGGGUUGCGCCACUCCUAUGUGAACGAGGAUGCCCUUGCGCAGGGAGCCGCCGGCUUGGGUAACACUUACGUCAGCGCCGAGACUACGUCACAAGCACACGGAGAUAACUCAGAAGCGAACGUCUGGGCUCCAGCAUUCGUGUCACCAACAAACGCUGGCAAAGCGGCGGGGGAAAAGACGAAUACUACUGGCCCAGCGUCAACCAACGCGUCCGUCUGGGUGCCAGCCUUCGUCGACGAAGAGAAGAGCAAGAAGGAGUUUCCUGGGAACCCCGAUUACAUCAACAGCGACACUGUAGCUUCUGCUACAGGGAAGGCAAAGGUGCAGAAUACCCAGUUUCUGAAUCUCGGAUACGUGCCGGAUGCACCCGUCCCUUCGGACUCCUGGAACCCAGUGGGGCCACACGCUAACAACAACAACGCUUCCUCGGACCCUGCAUGCAAAAACGUUGAUGUACCCAACAACAACCGCAUGUCGCCUGUGCCGAGCCCCAGAACUCGACGCCAGCCCGUUCCAGCACCCAGGAGGAGGAGCUUGCUGCCACCAGGAGAAGGUAGUGAUAGUUCUGGCAGCGACAGCCCCAAGAGCGGUCGUUCCACGCCUAAGAGCGGUCGAGCCAGCCCCAACAGCGGCCGCCUAAGCCCCAACAUCCCCGCUAGACCGUCGGCAGCAGAAAUAGCAGCAAGGUGCAGCCCACAGACCAGACUGAAGAUCCUGGAGGCACAACAAGCGCCAGACACCUGCGUCGUGAACAACACCAAAGAGCAGGAACCAGUCAACAACGAGUGUCCAGUCUCGCCACCUUCUACACCAGAAAGCUCGCCUGCGGUCGCUCAGCAGCCUGAUGCCGCUGUCAUCAACCAAAUCACGGCCAUGAUUGGCAAACGCAGCCCCAACAUCAGCCCAGCCAACCAGAGGAGAAACUUCAACCAAACCGCGGAGCUGGAGGAAAACAGGAAGAGCAAGGUGUCGGUCGUCAUCAGCCAGGAGGAUGAGGAUGUGGUGGAUACAGAGAAGAAACCUGGAGAGAGGAGAACAAGCUCCUUCCGAAUUAUUGAGUACGACGGGCCUGCCACAUUUGUGUAGUGGCAUCUUUGUAGCUAGAUGUGUGUAAAAAUUGUGUCAGGCUGGCUAGGAUAGAUGUGUGUCAAAUUCAAUGCGUCAAGCUAUUGAUAGUGAGGCUAGAUGUGUCAAGCUACUAAGGGUAGAUGUGUGUCAAAAUGUGUCGAGCUAGCUAGGUUCGAUUUGUGUCAAAUUCAAUGUGUCAAGCUAUUGAUAGCUAGGCUAGAUGUGUGUCAAAUGUGUCGAGCAAGACUACGUAGAAAUGUGUGUAUCAAAAUGUGUUAAGCUAAGCUUGAUGUGCGUUAAAAGUAAGCUAUACUAGCUAUUAGGAAGGCCAUCUUUGCUGUAAAUAUAAUAUUGGUGCUCCUAAAUGAAUUUCAAAGAGAAGGAUUAAAAAAAUGUGCAGAAUUCUUACAAAAAGUUGCUACUUGCUGCUUCACUGUUACACAGGACCAUAUAUAUAUAUAUUAAGGAGUAAUAGAUUUUGAAGACACUGGUAUUGAUAGCAUGGAGGUAGAAAUUGAUAGUAAGCGUUACAUUUUGUGAAUGUAUUCAGAAACUAACCUAGAACAGUAUUUAGUUUUAUCAUGGAUAUGGUGUUGAGAUGACCUUUUUCUAAACGCAAGAUGAUGUUUGUGUGGUUCUUACACCAGUGUGAAAAAUUUUUCACGCAAAUUAUAUAAUAACCAAGAGUUGAUUUUUAUACUUUUUCAAAGCCAUUUGCAUUCUAAGUACAACGAAACGCAUGUCUUGCCUUACGAGUAUGAUAUAACGUUAUGACCUGUAAAUGACAUUAAAAUACAAUACAUGGAAAAUAAAAUACUCGGAGGCAACAA